AAGAAAUAAUAUUUUUAAAUAGUAAAUAGUUUAUUUUAAAUAAGGAACAACAAUAAUAAAGUUUUUAAUUGGCUUUAUUGCUUGCCAGUUGGUUUCUGUGAAAGAUUUGUGAGAUUAUAACUUAGUGUCGUGUUUUUCAUACGUGGUGUUUAUUAUGGGAAAUCCAAGGAUUGUAUAGUAUGUGUGUAUAUUUGUUUCUUUAAUUAUAUUACUACAAUUAUAUGUAAGCCUUUACACAAACACCGCAUUUGUAUACGAUAACAAGAGAUUUAUAAGACCACCAACCGAGCUAUAAAAGGUUGUAUAAGAUUUGAUACAUAGGGUAGUGUUUGUGAGAUUGUGUUUUUGAGGAAAAUGGGCUUGAAAGAUAAACAAAUUUUAUGUGAUGGAGACGAAGAUAAAUACGAGUUUGUGCCUCCAGAGGGUGGCUGGGGGUACAUAGUAUGCAUUGGGCUUUCCGUUAUAUUCAUUGCAGGAACGGCACACCAACCUGUCUUCGGGUUUAUAUAUAAUGAUUUCUUGAACGAACUUGGCGUGGGCACUGGUGCUGUGACGGUUGUGUUUGGUGUAUUCCAAGUAACAUUGGCCAUCGCUGGAUUCUCAGCUAAUAUAUUGCUCAAGAAACUCUCAUUAAGGCAAGUUGGUCUCAUAGGAGCUUUAAUAUACACAACGGCAUCAUUUCUUGCAAUAUUUGUGGCAUCUACAACUCAGCUAGUAGUAACAAAUGGUUUUCUACAAGGCUUGGGCAUGGGCUUCCUUAUUCCAGUAUCGUAUACCAGCUUCAAUAGUUAUUUCACGAAGAAGAAAGUGCUUUAUCUCAGUCUAUGUAAGGCUUCCAUUGGAUUGAUAACAAUGGCUUAUCCAUUGUUUAUUAAAUUUACAUUACUUGAAUUCGGAUUUAGAGGAACAUUGGCAUUAAUUUGCGCAAUAUCAGCUCAUAGUAUAUUUGGAGCUAUGGUGAUGCAUCCAGUGCAAUGGCAUAUGAUUAAACAACGAAAACCAUGUGAGAAAAUUGUUUUGAUACCACCAACGCCUGCAGUUGACGCUGAUAAGGAUAAAUUCGAUUUCACUAAGAAUGAAAUUAAUGCCAACCAUAUAAUAAAUACUAAAUCUGUUGAAAAUUUAUACUUGAGUAAUGAUAGACAAAAUGCACGAAAGGGUUCCGAAUUACUUGUCGUGCCAAAAUUAGCAGAUUCCAGGAGAUUGAGCAUUCCUGUGGUUUUGAUUCCGAGCGAUGGCAAGACAGAUAGAAAUUUCGAUUCAAAUGACAACGUUUAUAUUGAGAAUCUGUACAAAGCGGCAUCUGUAUCUAGUUUAGGGAACUUUGGGAAUAUUGCUGCGGAACCAAUGCCAAUUAUCAAGAACAAGGAAGGAAAAUGGCAAACAGUAACUGAAUUUUUAGACUUAACGUUGCUAAAGGAUUGGGUUUAUGAUAAUAUUACGGUUGGAAUGGCGUUAACUUUCUUUGCAGAUUUAACAUUCUUUACAUUAGAACCCUUAUUCUUGGGUAGAAAUCAUCUGAGUCAGUCCGAAAUAGCCUACAUAAUUACAUUUGGUGGAGCUACAGACAUGACAGCAAGGUUACUUCUGGGUAUUGCAGGACAAUUCUUUACCAUAAACGCGCGCUCUAUGUUCUUCGCGGGUGCUUUAUUUUCUGCGAUAUUUAGAAUAGCAUUUGUUCAGUACACAACAUUUAUGCCUCUAUUAGUAUUGACAGCAAUAUUAGGAGCAACGAGAUCAUUGGUGCAUAUUGCCCAACCGAUUGUAAUGGCAGAGCAUGUGCCAAUAGAGAAAUAUCCACCUGCGUACGGACUCUAUAUGCUGUUAACUGGAGCUCUGAGUUUAUCAGUCGGCCCCAUGAUAGGUUUCAUUAGAGACUACACAGGAAGCUACGUAAUAGCUUUCAACAUGCUUACAGCAUGCAACCUUUGCUGUGUGAUUCCGUGGGGCAUUGAAGGCGUAAUUAGAUUAUUAAAUCGAAGGCGUACAGUUGAGUCUCUUCAAACGUGAUCCAUUAGUUUAAAUUAUAGACUGUGAUUUAAAAGAAUGUAAUAAAUUUUUAUGCGCAUUAUGUUACAUAAAAAUGACUAGUCAAAUAAAGGUGUAGGAAUAAUUGCCUAUACAUAUAAGUAUAUUAGUUACGAAUUAUGAUAACCAAAAAUUUUAAGUUCUUUUUAACUUCAAUGGUGAUUACACUGACUACGGGUUUAUGAAAAAUUGUAAUAAAGACAUAAAUAAUGCUAUGGGUAUAGAUGUAGAUAUCCCGUGAUCACACUAUGAACAUUUUGUAACCACAGAUACAUUAGAAAUGUACGGUCUCAUCAUAAAUGAACUAGCAGCGAUACGAAAGCUAUUUGUUGAUAACAAAUCCCGACCACCAUUAAAAUACCACUUGUAUUAUCAUUCCUCGAAAUUUUUCCAUACCUAAACUGCAUGUUGUAACUCUGAAUCAAAAUUUAGUGGAGUUAAUGGUAUUUAAGGUACAACAUAAAUUUAAAGUCAAUUCUGAUUCUCGUCUAAGAGAUCUGAUUUAAUAGGAUAGGUACGUUAACGGAACACUAAUUACUGAUGAACUGAAGGACGAAAGGAUGAGAAUAACAUCAGAUUAAAAAGCCCUAUGUGGACAAUUAACCGCAACGGCUUCUAAGACGAAAAAAAUGUCACUUAUUAAUAGUAGAACUAUAUUCACUAUGAAGAUUCGGUGAGAUGUUUAAAUGUACUUAGCAAACAGUUUUGAGGCUUACAGAUAUUGUGUAAACAUCUAUUAGUAAUAUUAUCAUAAAAUUUUUCACAGUUACAUGUAAUAUUAAUAUUAACACUUAUUGUUGAACGCUGAAAAAGAAAAAUUUACAUAAAGAUACUAAACAAAACUUGGCGUUAUCUCUUGAAGAAAUGUCUUACAGACAACCUUGUAAUUUAAAACUAUAUGUAAGUUCAGCUUUAACUCUUUCAACAUGGGAUUUUUGUUUAAACACAAAUCACGUUUCCUACGUUCCUCUUUAUACUGAUUUGUUUUAUUUGAAUCUUGUUUGCUCGCAAAUAAAUUUAUAACCUAAAGACUGUAUAUGUUUAGGAAUUGUACAUAAUAUAAUUAAUAAAACUGGAUUUUAAUAUUUCGUAAAAUUGUAUAGUAAGGACAGGGCGUCUACAAAAAAUAUUGAAAUGAAAAACAAUUUAUUGUUCUUCUCCCAGAAAGAUACAACAAUUACAUAAAUUAAUAUGUACAUCAAUAUAAUAUUGAUUAUUGGUUAAAAGAAUUUUAAACAUAAAAAAUUAACUACAUUUUAAUAAUAUGAGUAUUUAAAUACAGCAGUUUGAAUAAUACUAUUGUUAGUAAUAAGAUCACAAAAUAGCUGAUUUUCUCCACUUAUAUGUUUAUAUACGGUACUAGAUGUAGCUAAGCCCUAAAAACUCAAAUAAAAACCUAAAGAAAU